AAAUGUCAUUUGAGUUUGGACCCACAAUCAAAAUUGAAGUGUAUUUAACUUUAAAAAAAAAAUUAAAAUACCAUGAGCAACUUCGUUCCUAUUCACUCUGUUCAGAACGCAAUCGAACAGGUGGCCGAUCCUGUUCAUACUCCGAUAACUAUUGGGCAUGAGCCGUUCCUGCUUACCCAGCAGGAUCAACGAAGCAUUUUGGAUCGCCGAUCAUGGUUCCUCAGCAAACUUCCAGUAUCUAGUCCCGAAUGCAUUUGGCAUUUCCUCUGUCAAUUGAAUCCUUGCCUUUUGGAACAACUCAUACAGUGGAUCAUGCAUCAGCAAUUUCCGCAGUAUCCUCCAGUUAAAUCAAUUGAAAAUAUGCCUGCCUUGAAUUUUCCCUGCGAACCCAGGGUGGUUCCGUAUCAAUUUCAUUAUGAAAAACAAACUUCAACUGAAGAUCUUCCCUGGUAUCAAAGGGGAAACAAAUGUCUGGAAAUGAUUGGGGAUCAAUCCGUCAUGGAAAGAGCGAUCAAACAUGUCCACUAUGUGAUUCAUCAGAGGGAAUUCUCCAAUCGAGACGUUCAAACCAUGGACAGGGCGACAUUUAUUGGAGUCGGGGAACCGAUGGAAUGCGAUCCUGCUGAAGUUCAACCACCAUUAGCCGAGAGUGCCUUGGAUCGAAUCAGGCAGCAGAAGGAACAGGUCAGCUGGUUUUAUUAAGUGAACAAAAAAACAUGCAAAGACAUUUUUGGCAUUUCAAAAUUUACAGUCAAGAUAAGAGUAAGGAUACAUUCAAUAGGUUAAAAAUCAAUAAAAAAAAACUUUAAAAUU